CGGCUGGGAGCCCGGAUGAGGGCGGCCAUUGGGGAAGUGCGGUGCUACAACGUGACCGAGCAGGGCCGUCUCUCUCCCUCUCGCUGGAAUAAUACAGAAACAGUAACAAGGCAAAAACCGAGGUCCGGAAACAUCCAGAGCUCCGGAAGGAAAAACGGGUUCAACCGGCGACACGUGACGUGGAAAACCAGGAUUUUCUUCCUCUUCUUCUUCGGUCGUCUUUCGGAGCUCCAGACUCCUGAAGUGUGGAAGUUACGGUGCAACACGGCGGAAAAUAACACACUCAGCUGAGCCCGCUUACAACCGCUAGCACCCCCCACCACUCACUCACACACUCACACACACACACACACUCACACUCACACACACACACACACACACACCCUCCCCCCAACACACGCUGAGCGGCGCGGCUAGCCGACAUAAGCUAGCAGUAACUGAGCUGUGUGAACUGGCUUUUUUUUUCCCCACUUCUUUUCUUUUUUUCUCUCUCUCAAAUCACGGGGCCUUGGAAAAAAAUCCAGUCACAAGCUCAGGCUCUUGUGAGAGAAUCCAAGGACCUGCUUAAUGAAUUAUGUCUGCCACAAGCAUUGACCCUCAGAGAUCAAAGGGACAAGCAUCUAAAGUGCAAAAUGGUUCGCUGCAUCAAAAGGAGGCGGUCCAUGACAACGACUUUGAGCCUUACCUCACCGGUCAAUCCACGCAGAACAACAGCUACCAGUCCAUCACCGACCCCUACCUGUCCAGCUACUAUGCCCCCUCCAUUGGAUUUCCGUAUCCCCUCAGCGAGGCCCCCUGGUCCACCGGCGGGGACCCCCCUAUUCCCUACCUAACCCCCUACGGACCCUUGAGUAACGGAGACCAUCACUUCAUGCCGGACACGGUGUUCGGGCAGCCGGGGGGCCUGGGGUCCAGCAUCUACCCCCACCGGUUUAACUUUUUCCCCGAAAACCCCACCUUCUCUGCCUGGGGCACGAGCGGCUCCCAGGGGCAGCAGACUCAAAGUUCGGCCUACGGCGGCAGCUACAGCUACCCCCCCAGCUCCCUGGGGGGCACCCUGGUGCCUGAUGGUCAGACGGGCUUUCACAGCGACACCCUCAACAAAGCCCCCGGCAUGAACAGCCUGGAGCAGGGCAUGGUGGGCUUGAAGAUCGGGGGGGACGUCGGCGGCCAGUGCUCGGGGGUCAAGGCCGUGGGAUCCGUGAUCGGGGGGCCGGUGGUGGCGGCCACGGGGAACGGAGCCACGCCCAUCGGAAUGCCGCCGCCCAAACCCACCUCCUGGGCGGCCAUCGCCAGCAAGCCCGCCAAGCCGCAGCAGCUGAAGGCCAAGCUGAAGCCCGGGAUGUCCAACCUGGGGGGGGCUCUUCCCCCACCUCCCAUCAAACACAACAUGAACAUCGGCACCUGGGACAAAGGCCCCGUGACGAAAGUAGCCACAGCUCCAAUGCAGCACCAACAGCCUAUGGGCCUUCCUCCCCAUGGCAUGCCCCCCCAAGGCCACAUGCAGCAGGGACCCAUGCACCCCCCACCUUCCCAGUCCAUGGUGCAGCCCCAGAUGCAGCCCAUGGCCUUACAGACCCACCAUCACCAACACCAGCACCAUCAGCCACCGCCUCAGCCCUACCAAAACCACAACCAGCCCCCGCAACCCCAGACCCGCUGGGUGGCCCCUCGUAAUCGCAACCAGGGCUACGGGCAGGGGGGCUACGGGCAAGGGGGCCCCGGCCACGACGGCGGCGGAGGCGUGAUGGGCAUGAUGGGCAGCGGCAACUGCGGCCCUCCACCGUGCGCGGGCCAGGGCCCCGGCGGGGAGUCCCACCCGGUGCUGGACAAGCUGCGGGCCGCCCACGCCUACAACCCCAAGGACUUUGAGUGGAACCUGAAGAACGGACGAGUUUUCAUCAUCAAGAGCUACUCCGAGGACGACAUCCACCGCUCCAUCAAGUACUCCAUCUGGUGCAGCACGGAGCACGGCAACAAGCGGCUGGACUCGGCCUUCCGGGCCAUGAGCGCCAAGGGCCCCGUGUACCUCCUCUUCAGCGUCAACGGCAGCGGGCACUUCUGCGGCGUGGCGGAGAUGCGCUCGCCGGUGGACUACGGGACCAGCGCCGGCGUCUGGGCGCAGGACAAGUGGAAGGGAAAGUUCGACGUGGACUGGCUGUUCGUCAAAGACGUGCCCAACAGCCAGCUGCGCCACAUCCGCCUGGAGAACAACGACAACAAGCCGGUGACCAACUCCCGCGACACCCAGGAGGUUCCUCUGGAGAAAGCCAAGCAGGUGCUGAAGAUCAUCGCCACCUACAAACACACCACCUCCAUCUUCGAUGACUUCUCCCAUUACGAGAAGAGGCAGGAGGAGGAAGAGGAGGUGCUCAAGACCUUUGAACCUUCUCCGAUACCCAACCGCUCUCGGUUGGAUCAGGAGCGCCAAAACAGGAGUAAACAAUAGAAGACAUUAUCCUUGAUCAACAGUUACAGACUAGGACCUUUGAUUUAAGAGACAGAAGAAUAUGAAAAUGCAAAGUCCGUCAUUUUUUUCCCUAUUUAAUCCUGGUCAAUCUGCCAUUGUCGAGACUUGUUUGCUUUUAAUUAUUGUUUUUUUGCCCCAUGUACCUCCCACCUCACGUGCAGGGAUAACAAGUUGAUUAAUGUUUCGCCAACACACUCUUUAAUUGUCGUCUUUUUCUUUUUUGAAGAAUGUUUUUCGUCCCGUUCCAUCUUUUCUCACCAGACGGUUUUAGCUCAGCUGACCCCCCCACUGCCACCCCACCUCCUUCCAAUUGAAUCAGGGUUGAACUGCAACGCGGAGGAAUAAAAACAAAAAGAACACAAAUCUGCCACUUUAUAUUUCAGUACAAUCAGGAACGGACGUGUCCUGCCCCGGUGUGACCGCCAGGGGGCGACCUCGCCACGCUUCGGCGGUUUGACUGUGCCAACCGGGUCGGAGGAUCCCCGCGGCAACGUUAAUACAACUUAAUGUUUUAUCUAUUUUUCAUUCAGAUCGACAAAAAUCUCUAUUUUUUGGCUUACUACUGACAAUUUUCAUUUCAGAAACCUGUUUUCUGGAGCCUUAAUGUUUUUUUUUUUGGUUUUGUUUUUCUAUUUUUUGGUGACUUCUCAAAAGAACUGCUCAAACAGUGACACUGCAGGAGAAAUCAGGGAUAGUGUGAAGUCACACGGGACUCGAGACAUUUCCGAGGAGGAGUCGCAAAGGCCUCUGGGAAAAAAUAAAUAAAUGGAUGUGUCCUCCACAACCAGAACUCUCACCGUUUUAAGUCAAAAAAUUGUACUAUUGUCGUCCCUCACCUCGCCCCCCUCCCCCCGGCUUUCUUUGUCUUCGUGGGGUCUUUUGUAUGUUUCAUGGGGAGACUCUGUGUUCGCAACCCAGUGAGACACUUCUUUCAUCCACCCUUUUAAGUUGUUUUUAAUCAGAAUUAUGUAAUGUAACUGCUAGAUUGAAUUAAUUACUUUUCUUUAGGUCCACAGAAUGGGGGGGUGUCACAUGUUUUUUGUCCAUUCACCGUCAUCCUGUCUUAAUCCUGUCUUUGUUUUUGUUUUUCCCCCCUCAAAUAUUUUUUUGCAAGGUCUAUCAUGUUGGUCGUAAUGUUGAGCUUUAACGUAGGAGCCUAUAUAUUCAUGGAGAAAGCCUAAAAAUAUGUAUAACCUAAAAAUUAAUGUAACUGAUUUACUAUCAAGUAAGAAAAAAAGAUUAAGAAUGAAA